AGUGCCCGACCGUCCAGAGAGCAGCCGGGUACGGCUACACCAUCCCACUCAGGACGGGACAGCGGUCAAUUUUCUCCACAACAACCACACCGGGGGCCGCCGAAACAGCGCCAGCAAGCCUGCGGAAAAGACUUGGUGCACCAUCCAGAGGAGAGGACACCAGGGGACCAGUGGGGAGACAGGUUUUGCAGGUUGAAGCAGAGAGGAGGAGCAAGAGCAGCAGGUGUUUGAGGAGCCCACAGGGACUCCUGGUCUGGGACAUUACUGCUGCCAUCUUCUUCCUGUUGUGGAGAGGAAGAGGAGCUGCGGCUGAUUUGCAGAAAUGCACCGAUUAAGGACUACGGUUUCAAGGCUUCGGCCUAUUACAGCGGCACAGACAGUGCAGAGCCUUUCACAGCCCAGGCCUGCGAUGGCUGAAGGGGCCCUAAGGACGUUGCAGCCCACGAGGCACUUGAAUGCAUCUGUGGCUGCCGAGCCCUUCCUGAACGGGACCAGUUCUAACUAUGUGGAGGAGAUGUACUUUGCAUGGCUGGAGAAUCCCAGGAAUGUGCAUAAGUCCUGGGAUAUUUUUUUCCGUAAUGCUAAUGCUGGGGCUCCGCCCGGCACAGCCUACCAGAGCCCUCCACCCCUGGGCGGCACUGCUCAGGGACUGGCCCAUGCCCAGGCAUUGGUGGGGGCUCAGCCCAAUGUGGAGAAGCUGGUGGAGGAUCAUCUGGCAGUACAGUCACUCAUUCGAGCAUACCAGAUCCGGGGUCACCACAUGGCUCAGCUGGACCCACUGGGCAUCAUGGCUGCUGACUUGGAGCCCACCCCUUCUGAUAUCAUCACUUCCCAUGAUAAACUGGAGUUCUCUGUUUUUAAAGAACGACUCUGUAAUCUGGCUGCCGGAGGUUUCUAUGGACUGGAUGAGUCAGACUUGGACAAGGUGUUUCGGCUUCCCACCACCACCUUUAUUGGUGGUAAUGAGAGCGCUUUGCCCCUCAGAGAGAUUAUCCGCCGCCUUGAGAUGGCAUAUUGCCAGCAUAUUGGAGUAGAGUUUAUGUUCAUUAAUGACCUGGAGCAGUGCCAGUGGAUCAGACAGAAGUUUGAGAGACCAGGGGUGAUGCAGUUCAGCCUGGAAGAGAAGAGGACCCUGCUGGCCAGAAUGGUCCGAUCCACUAGGUUUGAGGAGUUCCUCCAGAGGAAGUGGUCAUCGGAGAAACGUUUUGGUCUGGAAGGUUGUGAAUCCUUGAUCCCAGCCCUCAAGACCAUCAUUGACAAGUCCAGUGAGAGCGGAGUGGAGAGUGUCAUCAUGGGAAUGCCACACAGAGGUCGACUGAAUGUGCUGGCCAAUGUGAUCCGUAAGGAGCUGGAGCAGAUCUUUUGCCAAUUUGACUCUAAGCUGGAGGCAGCAGAUGAGGGUUCUGGGGAUGUGAAAUAUCACUUGGGCAUGUACCACAGGAGGAUAAACCGGGUCACUGAUAGGAAUAUCACACUGUCACUCAUGGCUAACCCCUCCCACCUGGAGGCAGUGGAUCCAGUGGUGCAAGGAAAGACCAAGGCUGAGCAGUUCUACUGUGGGGACACCGAGGGCAAAAGGGUGAUGUCUAUUCUCCUCCAUGGUGAUGCUGCAUUUGCUGGCCAGGGUAUUGUCUACGAGACCUUCCACCUGUCUGAUCUGCCGUCCUACACCACGCAUGGCACCAUACAUGUGGUGGUCAAUAACCAGAUCGGCUUCACCACAGACCCCCGGAUGGCCCGUUCAUCUCCUUACCCCACAGAUGUAGCUCGGGUAGUCAAUGCACCCAUUUUCCACGUCAAUGCCGACGACCCGGAGGCAGUGAUGUAUGUGUGCAAUGUAGCAGCGGAGUGGAGGAACACCUUCCAUAAAGAUGUGGUUGUAGACCUGGUGUGUUACAGGCGUAAUGGCCAUAAUGAGAUGGAUGAGCCUAUGUUCACCCAGCCUCUGAUGUACAAGCAGAUCAAGAAACAAAAGGGAGUUUUGCAGAUUUAUGCUGAAAAGCUCAUCGCUGAGGGAGCCGUCACCAGACAGGAGUAUGAGGAGGAGGUAUCGAAAUAUGACAAAAUCUGCGAAGAGGCUUACACUCGCUCCAAAGAUGAGAAGAUCCUCCACAUCAAGCACUGGCUAGACUCGCCCUGGCCUGGUUUUUUCACACUGGACGGCCAGCCCAAGAGUAUGAGCUGCCCCUCUACAGGCCUCAGUGAGGAGGAUCUCAGCCAUAUUGGAAACAUUGCGUCCUCUGUUCCCAUGGAAGACUUCACUAUACAUGGAGGGCUGAGUCGUAUACUGAAGAGCCGUGCUACUAUGGUGAGCCAGCGGCUGUGUGACUGGGCUCUUGCCGAGUAUAUGGCCUUUGGUUCUCUGCUCAAAGAGGGGAUUCAUGUGCGCCUCAGUGGCCAGGACGUGGAGAGAGGCACCUUCAGCCACCGACACCACGUUCUUCACGACCAGAAUGUGGAUAAGAGGAUCUGCAUCCCAAUGAACCACAUCUCCCCCGACCAAGCUCCUUACACUGUCUGCAACAGCUCUCUGUCUGAAUAUGGAGUACUGGGUUUUGAGUUAGGCUUUGCCAUGGCCAGUCCCAACGCACUGGUUCUAUGGGAAGCCCAGUUUGGAGACUUCCAUAACACGGCCCAGUGCAUCAUCGACCAGUUCAUCAGCCCCGGCCAGGCCAAGUGGGUCAGACAGAAUGGCAUCGUCCUGCUGCUUCCCCAUGGCAUGGAGGGAAUGGGUCCCGAGCACUCCUCCGCCCGUCCAGAGAGGUUCCUACAGAUGUGCAAUGAUGAUCCCGAUGUUUUCCCUAAAGUGUCAGAGGACUUUGCAAUGUGUCAGCUGUAUGACUGUAACUGGAUUGUAGUCAACUGCUCCACUCCUGCAAACUACUUCCAUGUGCUGCGUAGACAGAUACUGCAGCCCUUCAGGAAGCCUCUAAUAGUAUUUACUCCCAAGUCCCUGUUGCGCCACCCUGAGGCCAAGUCCAGCUUUGAUGACAUGCUGCCAGGCACCCACUUCAAGCGUAUAAUCCCAGAUGACGGGCCUGCAUCUGCCAGCCCGGAAAAGGUGAAGAGAGUGAUUUUCUGCACUGGCAAGGUCUACUAUGAGCUGACCCGUGAACGCAAGAACAGAGGCAUGGAGGAUGCCGUGGCUAUUGUGCGCAUUGAACAGCUGUCACCAUUCCCCUUUGAUCUGGUGAAAGUGGAGACCGAUCGCUAUGCCAACGCUGAUCUGGUAUGGUGUCAGGAGGAGCACAAGAACCAGGGUUACUAUGACUACAUCAAGCCCCGCAUACGCACCACCAUCGACCGCGGCCGCCCUGUCUGGUAUGCUGGCCGUGAACCAGCAGCAGCUCCAGCCACCGGGAACAAGCAAACUCACCUCAUGGAGCUGCAGCGUUUCCUGGACACAGCGUUCAACCUCGGAGCGUUCUCAGGCAAACAGUAACAUCUAUUCUGGAUCUGCUUCCCUUCCUCCCACCGAUAAACAAACCCUGUCUGCCAAGCCCGAGAUCCUGCGCUUCAGCCUGUGCGGCUCCCCAAGACUGUCCUCCCCCCUCACCUGAACCAUUUCACAUUAAUGAGUCACCUCAGUAUCCCUUCCAUAUUUAUAUAUCAGACAUACAGAGCAAACCUCAAGCAACACGCACACGUACUGACACUGUUACUAUGAACGCAUGUCCACAGUGACGGACAUGAGAAGGAAUAGGACAAAUGUAAUUAAUACUAUACUGAAUGUAUGAACAUAACAAAAUUUAUUUGUAGGACAAAAACGCAGAUUUAUUCAUUAAAUCACUGAAUGAAACAAAAACCCAUUUUUUCUGUGUUGUUGUUGAACUGCAGCGUACCCCACUGUGUACACCCAGAAUCCCAACAUGAAGUUAUUAUGCAUUAUCCUAUUGAAAAUAUUUGAUUCCAUCUAUUCAUCUGAAGUGUGAAACAAAAAGCGCACGUGGUGGCAGUGGGCAAUGAGAGAAAAUGUUGAAAAUGAUGACAUUUAAAUUAGAUUUGUAUGGAUGUGUGUGGCAAAGCUUCCCAACCACAAUGUGGCUAAUGAGAGCAUGAGACCCGGUGAUGCUGCAAUGAGUUAUUCGAGACGGGUAAUAGAAAUAAUUUAUUAGAAAUGUCAAUGUGUAGCUCUAGUCAAGCUGAGAUUUUAAUAAAUUCUUCAAACCGAUAGCUGAGAUAAUUGUAAUUACAUUGACAAUAGUAAGGCUAUUUUUAAGCACCUUUACUAUCUGAGUUGGUUGAAACGUCAAAAGUGACAGUACAUAACAUUUUGAAAUGUAAAACUUUUUUGAAAAGGGCUUGCCCUGUCUUAAAUUUAUUUAGCUGAAGUGCCCCUUUUUAAACAAGGGGCUUGAUGUGAGUUUGCAUUUUUUGAUGAGUGGAACAGCCAAAAGGCCCAGGGGUUAGUAAUGUAUUCAGAUGGGAAACCAAAUGGUUUUAGAAAACAUCUAUAUAAAAUAAAUGCCAUACACUUCUCCCUACUUAUUCAGCCACUUUACUCCAUGUCUGUUUCUCAUUCCAUCCUCCAUUUAUGCUCCAUCCUUUCCUCCAUUUGGCUAUUUUCUCCUCUGCGGCUCACUCAUCUCCCAGUCCUGUCAUUUUAAAUUUCUCCACUUGUGCCAAAUGUAAGCAGUCAGGACAUUACUUGAAAUUAUAUUCUUAGCUUUAUGAAAUCAUGCCAGCUAUGGUGGUGACUUAUGUAAAAAAAAAAAAAAGAAAAAAAAAAAGGCAAUUCCUCAGCUCCUCAUAAGUGAAGGAUUUAUUUAUUUUCGUAUAGUGUUGUAUGUCAUUUUAUUGUUUUCAACAAAUAAAGAUUAUAGUUCCUAUGGUG